UGCUUAUUCGAAGACUCCAUUUUCUCUCUCCUUCCUCUUCAAUCUUCAUAUCUUCAUAAAUGGCCAAGUGGACUCUCCUUUGAUUCAGAUCUCAUCACUCUGUUAAUUCCACGCUCUCAGACACACGGAAAACUCCGAUAUUCAACAACCGUAAAUGGACGCCGAAGCAGACUCCGCCGGAAACACCACCGCUUCUUCUUCUCAUUCACCCACCACCAUUCAAUUUCCAGUCAACCUCACCGGAACUGCGUCUGAUGAUCAGAAUAAACAGAUGAUGGAUUUCUUUGCCGAUAGAAAGGAUGUAGAUGAACAGUCAAAGUUCGACUGUGAUACUUCCGAUCAUCUUCAUCGUAAUAUCAACACUGGUUUGCAUCUUCUUACUCGAAGCACAAGCAACGAUCAUUCCGUUUCCGAUGAUGGAAUGUCUCUGAUUAAUUCUAAACGAACAAAGAACGAGGUGAUACAUCAUUACAUACAACAACUAGAAGAAGAGAAAAGCGAGAAUCAACGAUUAAAACAAAAGUUGAAUCAAGCAAAUCUGAAUUACAAUACACUCCUGACGAAGGUGAUUCGACAAAAACAAGAAAAAAAUCUCGAUGAAUAUCGUAAACCUAACAUUGAUGGAGGAGGAGAGAUCCCGUUUAUUGGUUUAGCAGAUCCAACAACGGUGGAAACUGAUGAGAAUUCCCGAUCGUCCUCCGAUGAACUUCAUCGAAAGUCGAUUAAUAAUAUCAUCGGUAAAGAUCAGAGAGAAGAGAGCCCUGAGCAGGCUUUGAUUUGUUCAAACAAGGUCAUGAGAUUGAAUGAUUUGAAGAAUGAUGGUGAUGGUAAUAUCGAUCAAGCUACUGAAGCAACCAUUCGAAAAGCUAGGGUUUCUGUUCGUGCUCGAUCCGAAGCUCCCAUGAUUACAGAUGGGUGUCAAUGGAGAAAAUAUGGGCAAAAAAUGGCCAAAGGAAAUCCAUGUCCUCGAGCAUAUUAUCGGUGCACCAUGGCUGUCGGUUGCCCCGUUAGGAAACAAGUACAAAGAUGUGCAGAAGAUAGAACAAUUCUGAUCACCACCUACGAAGGCAACCACAACCACCCUUUGCCACCGGCGGCCAUGGCGAUGUCCUCCACCACUUCUUCCGCCGCCAGAAUGCUCCUCUCAGGAUCCAUGCCCAGCUCCGACGGUAUCAUAAAUCCCAAUUUUUUAGCAAGGACUCUCCUCCCGUGCUCCUCAAACAUUGCCACAAUCUCCGCCUCCGCCCCGUUCCCCACCGUCACAUUAGACCUCACUCAAUCUCCGCCGCUGGGUCAACAACAGAACUUCGCCGGUCAAAAUGGUGCUUUACUGCCCCAGAUAUUUGGGCAGGGUUUAUACAACCAGUCGAAAUUUUCAGGGCUUCAACUGUCACAGGAUACGGCGGCCGGAAUCAUCUCGCAAAUUGGGGAUCUGUCUUCGUUGCAGUUGCACAACCAAGAACCGUCGCACACCGCUUUGGCUGACACCGUCACUGCCCUCGCCACUAAUCCAAACUUUACUGCUGCUUUAGCGGUGGCGAUUUCGUCGAUUAUCGGUGGCGGCGGUGGUAGCGACGGCGGUUCUCAUCCAAACACCGCUGUAAACACCACAACCACAUACAACAACAAUAAUGGCAGCGUCACUACUAGGAACAAUAAAGAUAACAAUUCUUGUUUCCGAGGAAAUUAAUAAUUUUUUUAUUCAGUUUAGUUAUUCUUUUAUACACAC